UUUUUAUUGUUAAAAAGUUCGUCACAGUGAGUGGAUGUUGUUCAAUUUGUUAGAAAUAUUUAUUUUAAACUAAAACAAAUUAUACUAAUUCACCACCUAAUGGAGCGUAAAUAGUGUAAAGUUCCUGUUUUAUAGAAACUAAACCAGUGCUACAUUGACCAUAGGACAGUGUGUGUAAACAAUACAGCAAAAUGAGUAUGCCAACGAAAGAGUUAAACUCUGACCCCUGUUUAUCGAACGCAGCCACAAGUCUUGGACUCGAUAGUCCGUCGUUUCGUAACCCUAUACCGUCGACGUCCACUGCGAACCUGCCGCUGGCGCCCCCGCCCCCGCCACCGAGACUUGACAGCAUGAGCUUGCAGCCCAGUUAUGGGCUAAAUUCAGGAUACGGAUAUGGAGGGAUGGGUGGACUGGGUGGAUCCUAUGGCAUGGGUGGCUACGGCAUGAGCAGUGGCUAUGGCAUGGGAGGUAUGGGCGGAUAUGGCAUGGGCGGUAUGGGGGGCUAUGGAAUGAGUGGUAUGGGUGGUAUGUAUGGAGGCUACAACCGAAUGGGGGCUGGACCGAUGUAUGGUGACGCUGAAAAUAGAUUUAUACAAAUGGCAGAAGAAAGUUCUAGACCAGCCUUUGAGUCAAUACAAAGUGUGGUUUAUGCUGUUGGAAGUGUGGCAAUGAUGCUAGAGAAUACUUUCUUUGCUCUAAGCAGCUCUUUUAGGGCUAUAUUAGGUGUAGCAGAGAACUUUGGAAGACUGCGGUCAAUGUUUGCCCAGGUCUGGUCCACAUUUGCGGUGUUCAGAUCCAUCAACUGGCUGAUCAGGAAGCUACUCGUGCUGCUUGGCAUCAGAACAGAAGCCGAGUUUAAGGCGUGGGCGGAAGCCGUGGCAGCCACACAGGCCGGCUCAGCCACGCCGGAGCAGCGCGCGCGCGGGUCCAGCUGGCCCAUCCUACUGUUCUUCGGAGUCAUCACCGCCGCGCCCUACAUCGUGUUGCGGAUGAUGCGCGGCCUGAGCUCGACGCUGCAGGAGCGAUUAAAUGACCCCAAAACCUGGCAGAGCCCUCUGAAGGCAGUCGCCCAAUUCGACUACCAAGCGGCUUCCCCCCAAGAGAUCAGCUUCUCAACCAACCAGGUCAUCCACCUGGCUUCCCAGAACCUCCAGGGUAACCUCUGGAACUCUGGCUGGCUGAUGGGGUCUACUGACAGACAAACAGCUGGACUCGUCCCGGUCAACUACAUCAAAGUCAUCAGGCCCAGUGUUGAGAGUGUCAGUAUUGAAGCGCCUAAAGAGGAGGCACCACCAAUGGAGGACUUGGAGAAAUAUUACAAGGAUGAGUUAUAGGUUGGGGUGACGGUGCUGUGUGUCUUGUAGUCAUGGUGAAAAUGAGUAUAAAUUGAUAGUAGAUAGUUAUUUAGUCACAAUGAUUAUCUCCAAUGUAUAAGAUAUUUUAUUGCUUGUGGAUCAAUCACAACAAAAUAGAGUCCAUAUUAAUUAUGAUUAGAGGUUUUCUGGGCCUGAAAUAUGGUUUUAGUCAUAAAUUCCAUUACUGUGUUAUGAUAACGAAUUAAACUUAACUUGUAACUUAAAAUUAAGUUGAAAAAUAACUUUUAAAUCUAUGCUCUCCUUUUAGAUAUAAUGUGAUUGGUUAGGGUAUCUAAUUUGUAUUAUUUAGGCAUCCAGUAAUUUACAAUUAUUUGUGUAUGAUUGGUAAACUUAAUUGCAAUCAUUGAUACGUGAUCAUUUAUAAGCUACAGUUGACAAAUAUCAAUUUAUAUUUCAGUAAAAAAUGAGAUUAAUUAAACCCAUUUCAUUCAUGCUUCCGCCUCUAGGAUAUCAGGAAUGAGCAAAUCGUAUGUUAACUGUUUAUUAUUAUGGUAGGAAAUAUUGUGCCAAGCUGUUGUUUUUGUGGUACAUCCUACUCGUUUCUGUUUUGUUGCAAGUUUAUUCUGGGACUUACAUUAAAAUAAUGGCAUUUAUUAUUUAGACUAAUGUAUUUUGAUUAGGUACGCUACCAUUGUAUUAAAAUUUUAAAUGUUUAUAGGUAGUUAUGGGAUGGACUGAUUGUAAAUAGAAUGGAGUUAUUAUUUAAGCUUUUGCUAAUAAAUGUAAAAAUAUA